AUGGUGUUAAUGAUGGUGGACCAAGGCUAUGAUCGUCCACCGGACCUCAAAAAGGAUCCAUUCUGGGAUGAUGAAGUUGAACCGCUAUACUCUGAGCAGUCGGCUAGGAUUCCGAAUAACCCACUCAAAGGUUCUGUCAGUGAAGUGAGACUCCCUGAACACGUUCAUGAGAUCAGAAUGGUACCACAUUUCGAUGAUCGCGAUCCGUUGAUCACGAAUACUGAGGCACUGCGGCGAAGGGUUAGCGUGGUUCCCGUCAGCCACAUUGAACAUCGCCAAAGACGACCCUCAAUGGAGGUGUUCCGUAGCUUCAAAACUAAAGUGGAGAGGUAA